UUGGCUUCAACUGCUAGUUCAGAGAUAUCUAAUGUCAAUAUAGAUAACAUCAUAAUACCGCAAAACUCUGGCCUUCGUUCAGUUGCACCACCACCAGAGUUUCAAAAUGGAUUUGGAACUAAUCAGGCGAAUGUCGCCUUGCCUGAUUUCAGGAUUUUUACAGAUCAGACCGUGGAUCGAUCCAACAUUGAUGAUUCCAUAUUCACCGGGGAAACAGCUCUAACACCAAAUCGUAAAGGACCUACUGGUGAUGGUUAUGGACCUCCUAUUUUCCCCGGUGUUGCAAUUCCACCACCUGUUCCAGCUGUCAGUAUUGGUGGUAGUGCAGCAGGAAUACCUCCUUAUUGGAUAAGUGAAACUACCUUGAAACCGUCUGCAUUAUUCAAUAUACUUCAAAAAGCUGAUUUGGGUUUCAAUCAGGCAAUAACUCAUUUUGAACAAGGAACACCUAUUGAGGCGGCUGCUAUUGAUAUUUUAGAGGUUGCACUUGGCAGUCAAAAACUAGAUAGUCAAGCUAAAUUGCUUGGACAUAUCGAUCGAGCGAUUGGAAUUGACAAUUUACAAAGGAUUCAACGAUGGGCAAAUACCGGAGGUGCCUUGGAUGCUCUUAAAGAACAGAUUGUGAAAAUAGCCAAGAACUAUGGACCACCGGAUAAUUUAUUUCCAACGAUUCCACCGCAAUUGCAAUAUCUUUUUUCUUCGAAUGGAAAACGGCGGUGA